AUGGCAAUCCGAAAGAAUAUUGUCGAAAAAUUCGACCAUUUUUGCGACUACACAUCGAUUGUUGGCUUUCGAUUACUGCGCUCCGAGAAUCCAAGAUGGCUACGGUAAGAAAUCACAAUAAUUUUAGAGCAGUAAUGUCCUGAAUGGUUCAAAAAAAUGGUCAUUUUUUUCUUUGAUUUUUCUUGGCCUGAACCGUCUACAGGAAAAAGGUACCCGUUUCAUGAAACUACCACGUUAUGUGAACAUACUCACUGCAAAAAUUGUUUGCCAGCUGCAAAAGUUGCCGACAUAUGGCUGUUCGAAGUUGCCGGGUCAGCGCACCCAUUUUUAGGGAAAUUUGAAAAGCGACUUCAAAAAUUGUCCAUUUCUUUAUAUCUCCCUAUAUUUAGCUUAUCAGCAGUGUUAUUUUUCAUCACUUUUGCGGCGAUGUUCGCGAUUCAAACGAAAGACGCGUUUCUGCGAUUCCUGGACCCGGCAAAAGUCCCAAUUCCGACGUUCAAUAUGUGGGUCCACAAGAAUAUUACUCGCCCGUCGAUUGCGUUGUGCUCGACAAAUUGGAAUACACGGUAAUGGAGGCUAAUAUCAGUCUGUUGGGAAAAGAAUAUGAGUGUGGAUUUGUCGCAGCAAAAUGUCUCGCGUCGCCGAAGUAAAGAAAAAUUUGGCCUUGCCGCGACACAAUUCAUUUUCUCAUCGGAAUUUUGAUGCGACAUUAUGCUCAUUAUUUUCCCGACAGACUGAUAGAACGAAAUAAACUUUUUAUGUAUCAGUCUGUCGGGAAAAUAAUGUGGAUUUUUGCAGAAAGAUGACUCGCCUUUUUGCAGUCGCGUACCAAAUUUCUAGCCGCUGCUAGCCGUCGCAAAGCGAUGAUGACCGAUUCCAAAGCACGACAAAGACUUUGUGCAUUAUUUUCCUCACAGACUGAUAGUAUUGGUAUCGUCAAUUACUAUUUUUUUGGCUUAUACAUAUACAUACAGGUUGAUGGUGAACACAACGCAACAGAAUAUGUUCGAGAUACUGAUAUACGAGAUUUAUAAUGGCACUACAAGUGACAGUGCCGACCUAAUAGAACACCUGGGACAUAGUGAUGAGUCGACAGCUCCUCCUUCUCCUGCUGUUUUGGCGGAGAUCGAAGAAGCCAGAAAUGUCAAAAGCAUUGUGAUGCAGUAAGUAAAAUUUUUUGAAGAAGGGGUCAGAUUAGCGCGAAUCGGUCGAAUACCGGGCGUAGGGCAGGUGGAUGCUCAUAGGUGAUAAGCUAUCCUAGGACUCGAUCAAUCUUAUUAUUUCUACUCGCGUGGGGGACCUGAUCUAGUGGCAAAAAACGUACCAUUUUGCGUCCAGGAAGCAUCAAAAAAUGUGGCAAAAUACCUCCCUCUCCAAGUGAAAAAACUUAGAUUUCAAAAGUGCGCCCGCUCUUUUUGCGGGGAAAAGGGCACGUCCUUCAAAGCGAAGUUUUUUUCACUUGGAGAGGGAAGCAUUUUGCCACGUUUUGAAUACUUACCGGAUGCAAAAUGGUACGUUUUUUGCCACUGGAUGAGAUCCCCCACUGUAAGCCUUCUCGUAGCCUUCCCCAAGCAUGUAACGACGAACCGAAGCGAUCCAUACUGUCAUUGACCCGAACUGUCAUUGUCCAAAGUCGUAGCGCCGUGUGUCUCCUAUAAACUGCCCUCAUUUCUCUUCUACGCUCUCUCACUUUGACCUUUACAUACCCAAUUUUCAGCACUCAAUUGAACAAGGAUGACCCUGUGUAUGAAUACGUGAUGCAUCCGAGUUUCGGAAGAUGCAUUGUCUUCAAGACCGAAAAUGAAAAUGUAUAUAGCAAAGAUGGUAGGAUUUCCCGUGGUAAAAAAUGGCUUAUAGAUAUUGAAAACACUUAUGAUAUCCAAGACUUUUACUUGUUGCGGAAUAACGACUAUGAUCUCGAGUCUACGAAUGACGAUCAAACGCUAUUCGCCGGCUUCAUGUACAAUGCCAAGUUCGGAUUUCUGAACAGAAUUGGGAUGUCACCAGGAAACUUCUUGCAGAUUAAUGUGGAUGGAUUCACAGAGACUGUGGUGGGUUUGGAAAAUUAAAAAAGGAAAAAAAUAAAAUGAAGCGAAGGCUUCUAUAGUAGGCCUUACAAGCGAAGGCUACUAGUCAGUUCGCAAAGUCGCUGGAGUGAUUUUUGUUGAUUGCAAAGCGCAAAAAAAGGUCAGGAUGCGACAAAAAGCAAGAAAAUGUACAAUCCAAUGUAAACUUUGCUUUUUGCACAGUGCAUGUCGCAAAAAUCACUCCAGUGUUUUUGCUGCAACAACAAAAAGAAUCCUUUUUGCAGAAUAUGGUAAAAGAUGAGAUCACAAAGAAAAUGGAAUUGUACGGUGAGUGAAAAACGCUACAUCAGCGGACCUGAUCCAGUGGCAAAAAACGUACAAUUUUGCAUCCGGGAAGUAUCAAAAACGCAGCAAAAUACUUCCCCUUCCAAGUAAAAAACCCCGGUUUCAAAAGCCCGCCCGCUGUGUUUGUGAUGUAAAGCUAUCGCUCUGCAAAAACGAGUUUUUUUAGUUGGAAAUGGAGGCAUUUUGCCGCUUUUUUGAUACUUCCCGGAAGCAAAAUGGUACGUUUUUUGGCCUCUGGAUCAGGUCCGCCACAGUAGAUGGAAUAAGAAAAAACACAGGCAGACAGAAAAAAACAUCAUAAGAAAAACACAGACUGCCGGGCCGGGCCAAAAAAAAAAGAUCCUAAAAAUUGGCCAAAAAGCCCCUAUGUAUAAAUUUAAAAGACCAAAAAAAAAUAUAAUUCCCAAUCUAUUUAGUAUGUAUCCCAAACCCCCAUUCCCUAAUUAAAUGUCCGAAACAAAGCAUCUUGCAGAAUACACAACCGACUUCCAGAACCGCCCACUCAGCAUGGAGAUCCUGGACGCAUUCGACGAAGGCGAGUUCGACGACUACUCGGCCUUGGUUGGGAACGAGGAGAAAAACGAGUAAAGUGCCUUCCAUUUGAGGUCACGUUUACGUGGGAAAACAAACUUUAUGCGAUUACCGACAAUAGACGGCGGUGUUUUAAUUGGAUUAUUUUGGGGGAAAACAAAGUUCAAUUGUUACUAUUUUGAGUCAAUUUUAACUACAGGCGGCACAAAGUCAUGGGAAUUUCUCGCGGCCCCGAAUUCUGCUCAGAAUGCGACAUCGGGUGCCUCGUUGAAUUAUCGCUUGGAAAAAAAGAGGCCCUUAAAAGGAAGAGGCCCCCAAAAGAAGAGGCCCCUCGACCGAAGAGGCCCCCUUUUCGAUAAAAUGUUUAAAAAAUUCAAAAGGAAGGGUGACAUCUUAUACGACCAAAAAUUUUUUAAAAUUGAAAAAUAGGUGUGGCAUUAUAAUUAUUUUUUUAAUCGUAUAAGAUGUCACACCUAUCUUUUCAGUUUUUAAAAAUUCUUUGAUCGUAUAACAUGUCACCCUUCAUUUUCAGUACGGUCUUCGAAUUAAAAGGGAGAAAUUCAUGGAACACGGAGAGGACUGUGGAGGAUGAUGAAUUUGCAUUGUAAGCUUCGCAUUACCCGAAGGGUUAUACGCCGUUUUGGCCGAUUUUUAGGCACAACUCCUUGGCCAUUAACAUCAUUUAUCGGAACUACAUUACUCAAGAGAUAUUGUACUCGGAUGAAUUCUCGUUUUGGUCAUUACUGAGUGAGUCUGGGUAGUUGAGGAAUUUUCUUGGAGGAUGUCACUAUCAGCCUGUCGGGAAAACAAUUAGCACUUUGUCGUAACCAAUACUGCAUCGCCGCCGAGAAAAUGAAUUGUCUCGCGGCAAAUUCAAAUAGCUGUUCACUGCAGCGACGAGCACUUUGCGCUUACUAUUCUAUCUUCCCGACAGACAGACUGAUAUGUACUUAUUAGUACCCGUAUGAGCGAAAAACGAACUGUGCGCAGUGCCAAGUCGAUAUAUGCGAGCACAACGCUUGAGAGCAUUAACUUUAACUGGCUGGAACUCCAAGCUCUGUUGUUGCUUACGAUUUACAUAUUCUUGCGACAAAAAAACUCUAAUGAAUGUAAGAGAAUUUCCGAGACACCUGGGACUAGGCGGCCCAAAAAGUAUUUACGUGUCUGCUGGCUCAUUUUAAUAUUUUCAACUUCAAAAUACCAUUUCCCCCUAACUCAUUGAGUGUUUAUUCAUUCUGCACCACUAUUAGACACACUACCGAUAGUAACCUCAAAAUUUCAGCCGAAGUCGGUGGAGCGUUGGGUCUUUACUUUGGGGUGACGGUCAUCACACUCUACGAGACGUUCUUCUUUUUCUUCACCGUCAAAGAAGUGAAGCCGAUUAGGGAAAUGGCACUGGACAAGAAGCUGACCAAGAGGAUACUCUAUUUCAAGGAGGCUAACGCUGAAGACUCGGCACAACUUCCCGUCCCGCUGCAUUUGUAG